AUGGAAAUAGAAGUUGACGCUCGUAUCAAUGAUGACGAGACAUUACAUCUCAUCGAACAGAUUCCUGCCAACGUUCAGGAACUACUACAACAAUCUGAAGUUAGAAGACAAUUAAAAAGUCAACCUGUAUAUUUGAAAUAUUUUUGGAAGAUUUUACUUAUAGUUUCAGCAUUUUAUAUAUUACCAUCGAUUCAAUUUGUAUUCUUUCAAUAUACCGAUCCACAAGUAACCUGUUACUUUAAUUUCAAAUGUGCAAAGACUUAUUUUGGUCUUACUGCUUUUAAUAAUGUUAUUAGUAAUUUAUCAUAUAUCUUUGCUGGAACAGCAUUUUUAGUUAUUCUUCACUUUACCAAACCUGAUGAGGAUGGUAUUAAUGGUCUUCACACUGACAUGUCUUUAUAUUAUAGUAUGGGUGUAACAAUCCUUUGCGAGGGUUUCUUUUCUGCUUUAUACCAUGUUUGCCCAUCAAGAAUUAAUUUUCAAUUUGAUACAACAUAUAUGUUAAUUGGAUCAGGUUUAUUGUUUUUUACAUUACAUCAAAAGAGACACGCAACAUUGACAGCUGGUGCAUUUAAAUCAUUUGCAUUCUUUGCUUUAUUCAUUUUUAUCAAUUUCCUUUCUUUAACAAAUAUUAAUGUUUAUGUAUUUUGGAUAUUAUUUAUAAUAGUAUUUGGAUAUAUUUCGAUUACAGGAACUUGUUAUUUAUUGGCACACAAGAGAUUAUCUAUUCAACCAUCAUUUUCAGUUUUAUGGGGACACAUUAAAAAGAUUUAUAGACCAAGAGAGAUUGAAGACAAGUUUAGAUUCUAUGCAUUGUUUGUUGCCAACAUUUUAAAUUGGAGUAUUGUAUUGGCUUCAGCAGUCAUUGGUAUCGUUGACAAUGUAUCAAAUAAUUUUUCAAAUUUAAUUUUGGGAGUAAUGAUAUUAAACUUUUUAAUCUAUUUAUUCUAUUAUAUUGGAAUGAAGAUUAAAUAUAGAGAAAAAAUUCAUUUUAUGGUUUGGAUACUUUUUGUUGUUAUGAUUGUAUCUUGGGGAUUAGGAUUUUAUUUCUUUGAAAUUGCAGUCACGAAUAAGUUCCUACCAAUUGAUGAAUCGGAUAAACUUAACCAACCAUGUAUAUUAUUUGGAUUCUUUGAUAGCCACGAUACAUGGCAUUUCUUUUCGGCAAUUGGUUUAUUCACCAUCAUGUCGAUCGUUUAUUUUGUUGAUUGGGACUUGAGAUAUGUUCCAAGAUCACUUAUUAAAGUAUUCUAA